CACUCAUUCCGAUCAUCAACUCAGUUGACUACAUUCUUUCAAGAGUCGUUCACUAUGUCGUUUCGUCAUCUCUUUACUGCUGCAGCUCUGCUCAGCGCAGCGCAGGCUCACCCUUCCACCUCGCACCACUCACACCCUCAUCUUCUGUCAAGCAGAGAUGUUUGCUCUGGAAACACUGCGUCCACUCGUUCAGAGUGGUGCGAUUACUCAGUUGAUACUGAUUACCUCACUGAGGUUCCCGACACUGGAGUCACCAAGGAGUACUGGUUGACUCUUGAUGAGGUAACUGUAGCUCCCGACGGUGUCUCGCGCUCGGCAAUGACUGUCAAUGGGACCAUCCCUGGCCCAACUCUGUUUGCAGAUUGGGGUGACACAGUCACAGUCCACGUCAAAAACAACCUGGUUAAUUCUCAGAAUGGCACCAGUCUUCAUUGGCAUGGCAUUCGUCAAAAUUACACCAAUGAUCAAGACGGCGUUGUGUCAAUCACGCAAUGUGCCACUGCCCCUGACGAUACCACCACAUACACAUGGCGUGCAACUCAGUACGGCAGCACCUGGUAUCAUUCUCACUUUGCACUCCAGGCCUGGCAAGGCAUCUUUGGUGGUCUUGUCAUCAACGGUCCUGCUACAGCCAACUACGACGAAGAUCUGGGUAUGCUCUUCUUGUUUGACUGGGAUCACCAGACCGUCGACGAGCUUUAUCCCGAAGCAGAAAGCUCUGGACCUCCGGAGCUCGAUAACGCCCUGAUUAAUGGCACGAACAUAUUCGAAGACGGUGGUUACCGUUUCAACACCUCUUUUGUCUCCGGCACCUCGUACCGCAUACGACUUGUCAACACUGCUAUUGAUACGCACUUCAAGUUCAUGAUCGACAACCACACCAUGACAGUCAUCGCUGCCGAUCUUGUUCCAAUCACACCUUAUGAAACCACUGUUCUCAGCAUCGGCAUGGCUCAACGUUACGAUAUCAUUGUCACUGCAGACCAAGCCAGUGUUGCAGACAACUUCUGGCUGCGCGCCAUUCCUCAAUCCGCGUGCUCAGAGAACAGCAAUUCGGAUAACGUUCGCGGAAUCAUCUAUUACGGCGACUCCCCUUCAACACCAACCACUGAAGCUUACUCCUACGACGACAACUGCGACGAUGAGACAGACAACCUCGUGCCCCAUGUCAGCAAGACCGUUGGGACCGAAUCGAGUACCAACUUGGAGGUUGCAACAGUCGGUUUCAACUCCGAGAGCCUAUUCCGCUGGUACCUGAACAGCACUACGAUGAUUGUGGAGUGGGGAUACCCAACGCUCGAGCAGAUCGUGACCGGCAACACAUCCUACGCGACAUCGAACGCCGUUCUGGAGUUGCCUGACGCUAAUGUAUGGACAUAUCUGGUCAUCCAGACGACGCUUCCCGUGACUCACCCAAUACAUCUGCACGGCCACGACUUCUUCGUCCUCGCGCAGGGCACGGGAACUUAUGAUUCAUCCGUAUCGCUUAAGCUGGAUAACCCGAUUCGCAGAGACACGGCCAUGUUGCCUGCCAGUGGUUACUUGGUCCUCGGCUUCGAGACUGAUAACCCCGGCGCGUGGCUCAUGCAUUGCCACAUCGGCUGGCACACGACUGAAGGCUUUGCGCUGCAGUUCAUUGAGCGGAUUGAUGAGAUUGCGGGAAUCACGAACCAGACGCGGUUGGAAGAGACCUGCGACAACUGGAACAGCCACGCGACGACCGCGCAGAUUGAACAGACUGACUCUGGUGUGUAAGUUGGAUAUCAGGACUGUGUUGUGGGUCAGCGGAGUUUCCAGCAUGUUCUUGGAGCGAUGUUGCGAGCUUGUGUUUUGGCGUUGUAUCUCAUUCAAUCUACACUCUUUCCUUCGGCCUAGCAAACAAUGACAAUCUUCUCUUGCACUUGCUCUCACAAUU